AUGCCGUUAGAGCUAGAAGCACGGUCGGUCUGGCUCGAGAGCGAGGGCGAGGACACCCCAAAGGAAGAACGAAAUGGGGUGGGAAAGAAGAGCGGGAAAGUGGGCUUCUUUCAAAUGAUGGAUGGGUUCUAUCAUCUUUCACAGAAAUUCCUUUGUGCCGGAUCGAUCCUUUCUCUUCCCUCUCCUUCUACUGCUGUGAGUGCUGACUAUCUUCCGAAUGUUGCUGCCCUUCUGCUGCCGCCUAUGGUGCUGGCAACUGUUUGCUUCGAAAUAGUCUUGCUUGCGGUUCGUGACCUAAGCGACCACGGGUUUGAAUAUAGCUGUGAAAGGUAUGCCCAGAUAUGGGGGACUCGCGCCCACUUUCCUACGCCUCUUUGUCAUUCCUCCAUCCGAAAGAGAGUACAAGGACUAGAUUCGAAUGCCGGAUUUCCAGCAAUUACCGAGAUUUCCCGAUUUGCGCACUUCCAGGAUUUCCCUCGAUCUGAAAGCUCAGUGCCAGUACUGAAUUCACAAAUGAGAGACACCGGCACUUUGAUUACCGCGGAAGAAGGAACUCAAGGCCUUUCCUUCUCCUCGACUGGGAAUGCGCAAUUCGCCGAGUACAAUACAAGAUUGGAAGAUUGCCCGCCAGCCCAAAGGAACAAGUGCUUGGUUUUACCGAUGACUGCACACUUGACCGAUGACUCGAGUCCCUGCUCCUGCAAUGAAUUUCAAGUUCCUGAAAUGAGGAGUUCCACUUUGAAGUUUCACUUUUCGAAGGAAGAUGCUCGAGCUAAACUGACAACUCCGAGAUUACACCGGGUAAGUGAUCAUUCCUCCAUCCGAGACAAAGGAAGAAAAGACCUCUUAUCCUUCGAUUAA